AUGUCUCCAGCUUCUGAUCCAAAGGAAGAAUUGCUCGAUGCUAACGUAAGAAAAGAGUCUAGCGAGUUCUCUAAUUUGCCAGAUGGCUGUCCAGAUGUAGCAACUAAUACUUUGCUCUUUAACCAUGAUAGAAGCUUAUCAAUGCCUUACGAUGAGUCACCCAAAAUCUCAGUACCUGAAAUUCCUCGCAGACCCAAAAGAAAAGGCCCAUUAGUGGAGGAUAAAGGGUCAAGCGAGAAAUCGAAUCCUACUGAUCCAAAGAACCAUGUUAUCCCCGAGUCGGUAGGUUCAGAUAAGAAUCUGGCAGCUUUGCAGAUGUCACAGGCUGCUCCAAAGGAAACAACGUCCGAACAAAAGUUAUCACACUUACAAAACCACCACUCGGAAGCCGAUUCGCCCAUUGACGAACAGUUCAGCUUAACUGGUCAUGCUAUCAGUGAAGACAGUCUUGAUUUCCAAGACAGAAACGUUCGUUCCGACAUGCUGCCACUGGAUUUCUCUUCCGAGAACAAAGGUGGAAAGAUCGAACACCUUCCAGCGGUCCCUUCUAAAAGGCCUGUCAGAUCCACAAAAAAAGAUACUGGAUCGGCUCAAGACGGAAGCAGUACAUCCUAUUUAGGGUCACAUAUCCAGCAACCUUUAUCAGAUCCCAGUGUUGACGGUAUGGAUGAUAGUGGAGUAUCGUAUACAGCGCCACUUGGUGAGGAAACACUUAUUGAAUCUCAAAUUGGAAAAGUAGAAGAGGAAAUUGAUGAAUCCUCCAAUAAAAUGCAACUGUCAAAAGUAGGUCUUACUGAAGAAACAAAGCCAUCGAAAAUGACAGAAUCGACUAUCGUAGAUAGACUUUCAACAGAGUUAGAAGCUGGUUCACAAACAAAGCAUACUGCUUCCAAAAAGCCUUCUUCAAAAAUUGCGGCAUUCCAACAAAUGUUUGAGAAUAGACAACAGGGUACUAACGCUUCUUUGAGAUCAGAGCCCCAUUUUGAACAUCCUCCUAAAGCCACCACCACUGAUCAUAAGCAAUCAAAACCGCCUUUCGAACAAGCACAUGCACAUACACAUGCAAAAGAUGUUAAUUUAAAUGCUCAGUUCAUAAAAAAUCUGAAUGGUAUGAUUGGGAUGGCACUUCCAGGUAUGGUAGUACACAGUGUCGCCACAGGAUCUUCCGUUGAUAUGGAAUCUGCAACAGAAUCUGAGGUGAAGCAUGACUACGAUGGUACCUCUGUCUCUGAAAUUCAACCAUUGAAGAAUACCGUCACUGGCAGAAUAAAAGGACCACGAGGUAGAAGACUACCUAAAACUGUUAGUGAACCAUUUGAAAAACCUAAUUCUUGCUUUGAAUUGUUUAUUGAGGAUAUUUGGCAGCUCAUUACUGUACCGUCGGCUAUCUCAGAAAGUUCAGUGGAUGCUGACUACAGGGUCAGUGAAGAUUUUACAAUGAUAAAAAAAGAAGGAGCUUUGUCAUCAGAAAACCAAAGUUCGAAUGGAGUUUCUAAACUAUGCUCUGAAGUCAUUCAGGAGCUGGAAACAGAGAUGCAAUAUGAUGAUACUGAAAUCUUGGCCAAGGGGCGCCUUGUUGACCCAAGAAAGGAAGUCAUUACAGAAACGCCAAUACAAGCUGUUGAUUCAAUUUCUGAUAAUCUUAGUAUAGAUUCAGCUAGUCACUAG